CCUGGGUUGUUUUUCAGGUACAAUUUUUCAGUAUGAUAAACAUCUUUAUAAACAACUUUCAUUGAUUGUUAUUUCUGUUUCUCGUGGAUAAUCAGACGGCUUCUCUUCCUAUUCCCUUUUUUAGGAGACAUAUGUGAAAGGGUGAGAGGCCUUACGGUUGAGUAGACAAGGACAAGUUUCUAAGCCUUCUUAGUGUCCAGAGGUCAGAUUUCGUAGCCAAGAUUUGAAGCUAAAGGGGAAGAAACCAUUGGGGAGAUACCCAAGGAUUCGAGACAGGGAUGUCCAUUAUCACAAAACAAUGAGUAGAGGAUCUGAAGUCCACAUUUUUUGGGGUGCUCCAAUGGGUCCAUUGAAAAUGACAGCAUCACAGGAACCGACUUCUUUAAUGUCUACGGCUAACCCAUGGGAAAAAGUUCAGCUUUUAUACAGUGAGCAUUCUUUACAUCUGAAGGAUGAAAAAUGCAAGAAUAAAACUCUUGGAGAUGAUCAAACCCUAGAAGCUGCUGGUCCUCCAGAUCUUCUUCAUGGUCCUGUUUUAGAAAACUCUAUGAAUAGAUCUGUUCAUGUGGAAGAUGACUUUAUACAUUGUAUUUCUGAAACACAGACUUUAAAAUUCCAAAAGAGUCACCCCUUCUGGAUGAGUGAGGUACCUAAGUCUGAUGUCCAAGUGUGUGAAUGUAAGGGCGGAGUUCUGCAUUUAACUGAAGAAGGAAAGUAUCCAAAGCUUUUCAGUAAAAAUAAGAAAAUCACAGUUGAACAGCAUAAACAUCAAUCAAACAUAUGUGGUCAAAACAUCCAAAAAAAGGUCUUUCAGCUAGACCAUGAGUGUGCAGCUGCAUUGGAUUUGGUCUGUAGUACUGAAAAGAUUGAUACAGGGCCAGGAGCUAUUGACACGAGCUGUAUACCAACAGAGCGUCAUGAAAUUCAAAACCGGUGUCUGGGAAAGAGUUCUAACACAGUAGGUAAGCCAAGGUCUGAAAGAGCGGUUAGGAAAGUCUCAGACCUUAAGGUAUCUACUGAUACUGAAUUUCUCAGUAUAAUGACCUCCAGCCAACUUGCUUUUUUAGCUCAAAGGAAGUAUACAGGGGAGAAUUCUAUAAAUAAAGGGAUGGUGAACAUGGAGAUUGAACCAGGAGCAAGUCAUGGGGAAGUAAAAAUAACUAAAGAUAAUUUGAUUCAGCCUGAUGGUGAUUUUGUAGAAAGAUAUGAAAGUCGACAAAACCAAGCAUAUUCCCUUGAACUUUUUAGUCCUGUUUUUCCUGAAACAAAAAGUAGCCACAUUCACAUAAAGUCUGAUAAAGGUCUUGAAGAAAAUACAGGAUCUCAAGAACUUUUCAGUUUUGAAGAUAAACUGCCGUCAAAUGAGAUAUGUAUUGAGUCAUAUAGCUCAGGAAUACUGUGUUCCCAAGUAAAUUCCUCCCACAAAGGUUCUGUUAAACGAAAUUGGACCUCUGAUGAUAAAUUGGGCCGUCUUAAAGUCCUCCAAGUUUCUAAGAAAACUAAGCUGGUUUCUAAUGCAGGAGGUCCUACUACAGCAAAGCACCAGAGGAGUGUGUCCGAAUGCAAGGGUAUUAAAGAGACAUCAUUAAUAAAAAACUGUGAUUCUAAAAGUCAGAAGUAUAAUUGUUUAGUCAUGGUGCUCUCUCCAUGUCAUGUCAAAGAAAUAAAUAUAAAAUCUGGACCAAAUUCUGGCUCCAAAGUGCCUUUAGCAACAAUUGUGAUAAUUGACCAGUCAGAAAUUAAGAAGAAGGUGUUUCUGUGGAGGACUGCCGCAUUUUGGGCACUUACGGUGUUCCUUGGAGAUAUAAUUUUACUCACAGAUGUUACUAUUCAUGAAGGUCAUUGGGUUGGUGAGACAAUACUACAAUCAACACGUACCAGUCAGCUAUUAAAUCUUGGGAGCUAUUCAUCUGUCCAGCCUGAAGAAUAUUCCAGCAUAGUUAGUGCUGUUGUACUUCAAGACUUACUGGCCUAUGUAUCUUCAAAACAUUCCUAUCUUGGAGAUCUUCCCCUGAGGCAGCCUCAGAAAAUGAGCAGUGUGGAAUUUGUGGACCUGGAGCAGCUCCAGCCUGACGUGUUAGUCCAUGCAGUACUGAGAGUUGUUAACAUCACUGUACUGACAGAGGCAGUAUAUAGUUAUAGAGGACAGACACAAAGGAAAGUUUUGUUAACGGUGGAACAGGCCCAAGGUCAACAUUUCGUGCUUGUACUGUGGGGUCGUGGAGCAGCCUGGUACCCUCAGCUUCAAAGGAAAAAGGGUUAUAUUUGGGAAUUUAAAUAUCUUUUUGUUCAGCGCAAUUACAUCCAAGAAAACCUAGAGUUGCAUACAACGCCAUGGUCAUCCUGCGAAUGCCUGUUUGAUGAUGAUAUAAGGGCUGUUACAUUUAAAACAAAAUUUCAAAGCAGCAUGCCCUCUUUUGUGAAGAUGUCAGAUUUAGCAACACACCUGGCGGAUAAGUGUUCAGGUGUGAUUCUAAUCAAAGCUCAGAUUUUAGAGCUGGUGUUUCAUGUUACAGCAGCCCAGCAAAUAGUUAUAAAUGCUCACAGUUCUCUGAAGAGCAUUUUCUCCUCUCUCCCCAACAUCACGUAUACUGGCUGCGCAAAAUGUGCAGUGAAACUAGACACAGAUGAGAACAAGAUCUACAAACAGUGUUUUAGUUGCUUGCCAUGUACUAUGAAGAAACUGUACUACAGGCCAGCUUUAAUGACCAUUGUUGAUGGAAUAUAUAAGGUUUGCAUCCAUGUAGGAUCAAAGCUGAUAGAGAAGAUUCUUCUCAACAUUUCUCCUGACUGGCUCAACAGAGCUGUAGCACCCCCAUCAGAGGUCACCUACGGCCUGGUUGCAGCGGACUUGCUCCAGUCCUUGUUGGCAGCCGGCAGUGCACCUUGUGUCCUGAAGGUGCAGAGCCUCUUCCUGUUAGAUGGAAACAGCUACCCGCUGCAGCAGGAUUUCUCCCUGCUGGACUUUUCCCCCGACGUGUGAAGCAUGCAUCCCAUGCCCUUCGCUGAGACCAGGUGAAGAGACUGCAGGCGCUCAAGGAGACUAAAGUGAUUUGUUUGUUGUUUUUUUAAAUCCUCACCCAAGGAUAUUUUUUUCCCAUUGCU